UCAGUCUGGGCGCGGCGGUUGGGGAAGAGGCUACACUUAGGCUUAGUCUGCCCAGAGGCGGCUUGGCCAGCGGCAGGGACCUGACGAUCGGAUCGGUAUCGGGAUCAGGAUGGCGGAGCGGGCCGGGCAGAGGCACCUUCUCCUUUUUUUCACAGCGGCGACCCUGUGUUGUUCAGCAUUGGGCGGUGUCUCAGUCUAUACUUCUCAAGCGCAAGUUAAAGUAGACGAGAAUCAACCUGCUACGCUGCCCUGUUCCUACAUGGGCUUCUCCUCACCUCGAGUGGAGUGGAAGUUUGUUCGGGGAAGCACGACCACCCUGGUUUGCUAUGACAGCAAGAUUACUGCUUCCUACGAAGGCCGGGUGGUCUUCUCCCAGACUGGUAUUUCUUUCCGCUCUGUGACCCGAAAGGACACGGGGCUGUAUACAUGUAUGGUCACUGAAAAUGGUGGAACAGAAUAUGGAGAGAUCACUGUGGAGCUCCUUGUGUUAGUGCCACCAUCAACACCCACAGUCAACGUUCCAUCUUCAGCCACCAUUGGGAAUCGAGUUGUGCUGACCUGCUCUGAGGAGGACGGUUCUCCACCCCCUCAGUACGAGUGGUACAAGGAUGGGAUUCUGAUGCCUUCAGAUCCCAAGAAGUCCCGUGCCUUCAGCAAUUCUUCCUAUACCAUGGACUCUGAGACAGGGGAACUGGUGUUUGACCCUCUGUCAACUUUUGAUACCGGGGAGUAUUCCUGCCAAGUAAGCAAUGGAGUUGGGGCCGCCAAAACCUCACAAGCUGUACGAAUGGAAGCUGUGGAACUAAAUGUAGGGGGCAUUGUGGCGGCUGUUAUUGUGACACUGAUCCUCCUCGGGCUCCUGAUUUUUGGUGUCUGGUUUGCCUACUCUCGAGGCUAUUUCAACAGAACAAGUAAAGGGAGCACCAGUAAGAAAGUAAUCUAUAGCCAGCCCUCUGCCCGCAGUGAUGGAGAAUUCCGACAGACAUCAUCAUUUUUGGUGUGACCCCCCCCCAACCCAUCUCUUCUCCCAUCUUCUGAGUUUGUCCUUUUUGGAUUCUGCUGGACUCUGACCUCCUGAUGUUUAUGAAUUUCACAGGAUGCCUUACUUACUGUCUUAGUCCAUCUCCUCUUAGGAUUUUUUUUAAUGAUGACUCUCCAGCCAGGGCUUCUGUGUGUGUUUAUGAAUGAAGUGGAGCAAUAAUACCCUGCCCUGCCUUCUCUUCUCACAUCACUGAUGGACUUGCCUGGACCAUAUUUAGGGUUCCUAAUCCCCAACUCUUUUUAGAAUCAGGCAGGUUGAAUGAUGUCUGUUCCCCACCAACAGCUCCUUACCAACAGACAUGGCCAAGCUCCCCAGAGUGAAUAUCUUCAUUUCUGUGUUCUGAACUUGACCCUAACUUGGGGUCUUAUGACAUUUGGACUCCCUCAGGAGUGGAGAGAAGCUGGGACCUGAAGCCAGAACAAUGUUUUCUCUAAUAGGCUCAAGAGAUUGGAGCUGUGAGCUCUGAACAGUAGAGUAGUAGCGAAACAUAUGUUUUUUGGGACCUCCUCUCAAUUCCUUCUAAAAAAGAUGCUUCUAGAGAAUCUUCUAGCAUCUUCCUGGCUUGUAAUAUGGCCACUUCAGCAAGACCACUGGAUCUUUUUUGUGUAGAGGGCUCCAGGACCAUGAGAGCUCUCAAGGAGAAAAAACACAGUGACAAUAUUUAAGACACACCUAUCUGCAGAAAGCAGAUCUAGGGCUGGAGGUGCAAAGCCUUUUUCACUGGGACAGAUAGGAAUGCCUUUUCAGAAAGGUGUCAUGUGCUUGGAAAGCCUCCACUCCUGCUGAAUUACAGGGUGUAGAACAUGUUGUGUAUGAAUGUCAUUUUAAAUAAAAAUUUUUUUGUUUUGUCUAA